GCAUACACUGACACACAUCCAGGGUCCGUAACACAAAGGUUAGCAAUUAAUAGUACGCUCGAUUUUCACGAUUGGUUGUACAUUGUAGUCAAUGGAAUUAAUCGUAGAAAAAUGUUCUAUGAUCAUUACUAAGCUUUGUGUUACGGGUUUAUUUUUUUAUUUUUGGUGUGUACGUGUGUGUUCUCGCUAACACCAAUAUACAUUGUCGGUGAUAGAACUUGGAGUAGACAGUAGACGAAGUGAAUCCAAAUUCCAUACAGUUCUGACAAUAGAUGUGAUACAACCGAGAAUCGUACCUCAUUCAUAUCGUUUGCGUAUAUAUCUGCGAUUGCUCGGACUAUGUGAAGGCCCUUCCAUCGGAAUUUAUUAAAGUAUUAAUUGAGUAAACCAUGGAACGAAUCGAUGUCGACACCCUCUGCAGGGACGCCAAGGGUAACUAUUAUAACAUUCAUAUGACAAAGCACACCCAAGGUCCCCUCCUAGAAGUUUUAGAUAGUAUCCGUAAUUUCAUCUUCGAUACAGCCAUUAGUGGUACUGACAUCAUAUGGACGGGUUGGGAGGAAGUGAUGCCGGGCGACUUCGUAUACUGGAUUCAUCCUGGAAGCCACCUGUAUGUUUUCUUAGACGCGGAGGCGGCUCAACAUACUUACAACUCCCUCUGCUUUACCAGGAACGGCAACCAGAUUACUAUUACCAACUUUGGCCCGUUCGGUUGGAAUAAGGGUUGCACACAAAAGUUCUCAAAAAAAGGCGGUGAGCUGGUCGCAAGGGAUCAGCUGCAUGAUGAGGCCGUUGUGGCUGCAACAAUUGCUGCAAAGGAGGGGCUAAAGUAUUUAACUAAAGAUGAGCCAGUUCUUAGAUUCGCAUCGGGAAUGAUCUUCAGUGCAUUGCGUGCAAGCGAUGGCGAUUUAGCAGGAGCCGGUUUAGAAGCUUCUGCUGCAGCGGCUCCGCUUGUGUUAGGUAAAGGAACUGCCGCAUCUCACGUAACUAACAUGUUUGAAACCGCGCUUUUAAUGAAAGACCUCUACGACGCCAUGAAGUAAGUCAAAGGGCAAACAUGAGUAUUAAAAACCCCAUUCACUCACAUGUUAAAUCA